AUGGAGCGCUACGACGACCUCGAGUCGCUCGGUGCGGGCGGUUUCAGCGUCGUGCGCAAAGUGCGCCAUCGUCAGAGCGCGAAGACGUACGCGAUGAAGAUCAUCAGCGACGAACAUGGGAAGGAACGCAUGAGCGUGAACGAGGUCACGAGUGAGAUCGAUAUUCUGCGCGUGUUGACGUCGCCGACGAUGUUGAGACUCGAAGAGUGCCACUGGUACGGCGAUAAGGUGUACGUCGUGACGGAGGUCCUGCACGGGGGGGCGGUGUUGGACGCGAUUUUGCGCAUGAAGAGCGAGCGAUACACCGAGGCGGAGGCGAAGGUGGUGGUGCAGCGCACGGUGCAAGGGAUCGAUUACAUGCAUAAAAAUUUUGUGUUACAUCGAGAUUUGAAGCUGGAGAACUUAUUGCUGCGGUCGAACGAUGAUCUCGCGAGCGUCGUGAUCGCGGAUUUCGGGUUGGCGAGACGGUGCCAAAACCCUGAAGGGUUGGGGUCGUUGCCGCACAGCCGAGGGAUCGAUACCGCGCCCGUGGGUACGCCCGUGUUCGCCGCGCCGGAGGUCGUGGAGCAAAAGUCGUACGGUGGUGCGAUCGAUAUGUGGUCUCUCGGUGUCAUCACGUACGUGUUGCUCACGGGCGCCAUGCCGAGGAGCUUGUGGAAGAGCGCGUUGAAGUACGGACGCGUCGUCCAACGCGAUUUUGGUUUUGAUUGCUUCGAGUGGGACUCCGUGAGUGAAACGGCUCGCGAGUUCGUCAUGUCGUGUCUGGCGCACAAACCGGUCCAUCGUUUGACCCCGGCAAACUGCCUCAAGCAUCCAUGGUUGCAACAA